AUGUCCUACCUCCUCCCAGACAACCGCCCCGCCGACAACACCCGCCUCCCAAUCCACCAGCACCCCUACGCCUACCCCGCCCAGUCAACCCUGCCAACCCCGACGCAGUCCCCGCCCUUUCUCGCCGAUCAUCCACCCGCCGUAAUGCCAAAGGUCGGCCAGACUCGCUGCUAUUGGGCAAUGCUCUCCUCCGACCUCCAGUUCAUAUAUCUUGACCCCGUCCUCGCCCACCACCUCGAGGAACAAGCAGAGCUCCUUGUCGGCAAAUCGCUCCUCUCCUUUGUCCAUCCCGACGAACAGGCGUCGGCCAAGCACGAUCUCGGUGGCGUGCUGGAAAGCAGGACACUCCAUGGCUCCGUAACGCGUGUGCGCUUCUCGCGCUUGUCCAAGGUCCGCAAGCAGCUUGGCUACGAAGGCCCUCCUCCUGCCUGGCCCGAGGCAGAAAAAAUAGCUCUUGACAAGGAUUACAUGGCCGUUGAUAUCGUCAUAAACUGGGCUGCCGAGGGCCUCGUGCUCUGCUUCAUUCACGCGACAACAGACCUAAACCCAAGUGCCGACAACGACGAGUCUCAGAAAACAGAGUGGACAAACUGGUGUGGAACGCCCUUCAUGCCUAUGGAGCAAAUCGAGCUUCUCUACCGCCGUCUCCUCGUGUGCAUUCCCCAGACAGGCACCAUGUCCAGGGUUUUUCAAAUCCUAGCAAAUCAGCGAGAGAGGCCUCUCCUCCUCAGCUGGCCUCCUGAUUCAGCACAGGGCCCUACCAGCAGGGACUUCGCCAAACUAGUGGAGAACGUCCAAAUAGGCACCGGUGUGCCCGGCGGAAACGAUGCGAAAACGAGUUGUACACGCAGGUACAAGGCCUUGCAGGACGUGCCACAGGUCUUUGGGGGCGAGGUCGAAAGCAUCUUCAUACCGCAUGGGACUAUCAUUUUUGCCUGCCACAAGGUCAGUUCUGCCCCUCGCAGCAGCAACGCACAUCCCAGCGCAACCAUGCAGACGCUGGACUACGGUACGGCGGCGUACACCGCUCCAAACCCGCCUUAUUACGACCAGGGUGCUUCCUACGCCCUUCCCCCUCUCUCGCCUCAAGCCCAGUCGUACAACAACAAUUUUAUCCAGCAGCAAGGCCCAGGAGUGCAGGGUCCGUAUUCUCCACAACGAUGGAGUCAAGCCAUCCCACCCUCGAACAGUCUGCGAACAAGCGGGUAUCCCAGUGGCUCGCCCACUCAGCCCGCCAGCCAGGCAUGGCCACCCGGGCCGCCUCCUCCGUCGAAUUACAUUGAGACAGGAGGAGCUGGCGCGCCCGCUUUCAACCGACCACUUUCGCCUGCGAGUUACAAUGGCUACGCGACGACACCGACGAGCAGCACCGCAGGAGCGUCGCCCAUCUCGGAUGUCGUGCCGCCGCCGCGCCGCCGGAUCAGCCCUGGCUCUGCCCGCGACGGGGCUGGCCCCAUUCGUACGUCGGGAAACAGACCCACAGGAGUGCAGAAGUGCUCCAGUUGCAAGGCGACGUCGAGCCCCGAGUGGCGAAAGGGGCCGAGUGGGAAGAAGGAGCUGUGCAAUGCGUGUGGCCUACGAUACGCACGUUCGCGUGCUAAAAAAGAAGGGACGAAUACUACCCAGCAGCGGCGACGCAAAGAAAAGGCUGCCGUGAAGCACGAGUCGCCUGCACCACCCUCCGCAACCUCUGCGUCGGCGCCUUAUUCAGCCCCAACAGCUCUCAGGCGCCCCUAUGACGCCUCCUUCUCCACCGCGUCCUCCGCGGGGUCAGCCUCAGGUAGCGACGUUUACAACCACUCUGGCCACCCCGUGCUAGACCACAUUACCCCCUCCCCAUCUCCUCCAGCACCGCCAAAUAUGAGUUUUGUCCACUAUGCACCCGGCGGCCAGGACGCGGCGAGUGCCCCUCGUGCGCAGACGCAAUAUGCUGGCGCGAGCGCCUCGAACUACUAUCCGUCGCCGCUCUCGGCCCACCCGCACCAGCCCAGCAUCCACCAUCACCAACAGCAGCAACAACCACAGCAGACCCAACACCAACAGCCCGCGCAGCUACCCCCACUCGGUCAGCUCUCGUCAUACGCAGGGCGACUAUCGCCGCUCGUCGCGGGGGCAAGCUCCUCCCUGGCCACGACGACGCUGGCUCCGGCGUCGUACGAGCGGGACCGCGAGCGUGAGUUCCGGGAGCUGCCGCCGACGCCGCUCUCAGCUGAGCCGCGGCACAACAGGCGGUCGAUCCUGACGCACCAGUGA